UGCGCAUGUGCAUUGGAUGAAAAUGCGCACAAAACAUUUUGUUUUUCAGACAGAUGGAAAGGCGACCACUUUUUAAUUUCAAUCCGGUGCAGUUGGAACUGAGAAGAAACGCGCCGAAGAUAUUGGUUUAAAAAGGAAACAAAACUUUAUUAUUAACAAAUUUAUGAACAAAAUAGUUUUUUUAAGAACAAUCAAACUUGUAAGAUACAUGGAUUUAAAUAAAUUAAAUGAUAUAUAAAGAUAUCCCUUUAAAUUUUAUUAUAUUAAAUAAAACCUAACAUUUGCGUAUUAAAGUUUAAUAAGUACCUUAAAAAAAAUCAUUUUUUUAAUUUUAAGAAUCUUGUACGUCGACUCGGUAUUGAUUUUUCAAGUGCCUUGUAUUCUCAAACAGUGUGUUUUCAAAAUAUUCCUAUUUUUUUAAAAGAAACCUUAAUCAACACGCUAUGAAGCGGUUUAGAAUAAAACGUAAGAAUGAAAAGUGGGUUUCCAAUAACCGAGUCUUGCUCGGUUCGUCUAAAAAAGAUCCGGGGCGUAAUCCUAACUUCGACACUGAGGAGACAAAACUACUCAUAUCGCUUUGGGGUGAUCCAACUGUUCAAAGGACACUAAUAACAACGCAUCGAAAACAUACUGUCAUUGCAAAAUUGGCAGAACAAAUGAAUGAAUAUGGAUAUAAUAGGUCUACAGAAGAAAUAAACACUCGAAUAAAAAACUUGAAAUGCUUUUACAAUCGAUUGAAAAAAGAUAUGGAUAUGGGUUCAAUAAAUGGAGUUACGUGGAAGCAUUUUGAAGCAAUGGAUGAAAUUAUGACUCGAUCUAUAUUUAGUGUAAGGCCAAAUGAGAUACCAAAACCAUCUCUUAAAUAUCAGAUGGAACAAGAGCUCGAAGAAAAAAGAAAGAAAUCAAGGAGUGAAAAUUCAAAGUCUUCGAAUAAGUGUCAAAUAUUUGAGGAAAAUAUAAGUUCUAGUCUGAGUUCCAAGGAAGAUAAUGAUGGGCAAAUAAUGAACAGCGAUGAAAGCAUGGAUUUCAUUGAUAAGACCGAUGCACUUUAUAAAGUUGAAGAUGGAGAUUGUUUUAAUACGUACAAAACUGAAAUCCAAGAUACGCCGUUAACUAUAGCCAAGGAGGAGCCGGUUGACGAUGAAGAUGUUCUCAUAACAGACGAUAGAGUCACAAAUACUGGGAAUCACGCUCCAAUCCUGAGUGAAUAUAUACAAAAAGUCAACCCAAGCACAGAACCAAAUUUUUCAAACUGUCCUAACACUGUUAUUGCGAACCCAAAUAGCUUAUUGAAAACGUCUCAACCUUCAAAGGCUGUACCUCAAUCAAUUGUUAUCGCAAAUAAAUCGCAAAAUGGAGCUUCACCACAAGGAAAGAUAUCGUUGGUCCCAACUAAUUUCUUACUUCAGCAAAAUAAGAAGCCCCAAAACCCGCAAAUACAAAUACGACCGCAGCCCCAACAAACAAUAAUCUGUGCUCAACCGAGUAACCAAACAAAUACAGCAGGAAUCGUUUCUUCUGCAAACAAUGGGAGAAUGAAAGUUUUAUUUGUGAAUGCAUUUCAAAACGGAAACGCUCAAAAUGUAUCGGCACCCAAAGAAUUUCCCGUAGCAACUCCAAGCUUAUUAAGUAGUUCAAACACAUAUCAAACAGAGCCUGGAAUUGCAAUGAAUUAUGAAGAGCACUCAAAGCAAAAGAGGAUAGAAGAAGCAGAUGUAAAUAUGAGGGAUCUUGGUUUUGAAUUGCUAAUCAAUAAAUUAAUCGAUUCACAAAAUGAAAAUAAUGAAAUUCAAAAAGAACGCUUGGAACUGGCACGACAGCGUCUAGAAUUCGAAAAAAUAAUGGCAAGCAAAUUAUUGGAAGCACUAGUAUCAUUAAAAGGAGUACAAACACAAGAAAAUACAACCAUUCCAAACAUAAAUGUAGAUGCCGAAGAUAUACCCAAGUCAACAAUACCAGAUAUUAUUGAUGAGUUUAAUAAUUAUCACUUGCUGACACCGAAGAUUGAGAAAAUUGACUAAAUACAGGCUUAAAAACUAAAUUAUAAUGUGAUAUUUGCAAGAAAUAUAAUUUUUUUGUAUAGCUACAUUUCAUGAAACUAAUAUAAAUAAAAGGAACAACUAAAUAUA